AUGCUAACAGCUAAACUUUGCAAAGCCUGUGAGGCCGGAGACGUCAGAGAGGUGGAGGAGCUCUUGAUGUCUGGAGCCACCCCAAACUUCGCACCGAGUGGGAAUUGUUACCGCUAUCCCUUGCAUUGCGCCGCCAGUAGCGGACACGCCGAAAUAGUAAAACUCCUCCUGCAACAUGAAGCGACAGUGGAUCCUUUAGAGGCUUCCAGUGGCUGGACUCCACUGAUGAUAGCUACGCUGAAGUCAGCCAAGUCUCAGAAGCACAUAGACGUGAUGAUGGUCCUGCUCGAGGGAGGAGCGGAUGCUGAAGUGAUCGACGCGCGGGGAAACACUAUUCUGCACAUUUUGGCUUCACGUGGCCAGACGGAGCUGCUCAAGCAACUGCUCCAGAAAAUCCCUUCUCUCGAUAUUCUGGGCCCAGGUUUCGGUUACAUGACCCCACUGCACUAUGCCACUGAAGCUGGGCACGUAGAUACUGUGGAGUUUCUCUUGCAACUGAAGGCUGACCCUCGUGGUGUGGAUGCUAGUGGAUGGACGCCUGUUCACUGGGCCUGCAGACGGGGCCACAAACAAGUUGUUGACCUUUUGUUAAGCUAUGGAGGCAGCAUUGAAGAUCGUGAUUUCUUCUACACCGACACAAAUUGGCAUGCGUCAGUGAGACCUGAUGAGUCAUUUUGUGAUGCAGAGGUCUCUAACGCCAUUAGAUGUCGCGUACUUAUUCAACCACACCGCCUUGGCAAAGCUGCUGGACGAUUUACUAUGGCGGUCUUCAUUGCCGCUGCGGCGAGAACUUUCGAGGGUCUUGGCGAAAAGCCAAUGGAGCCCAAGCCUCACAGCGUCUGUUCACCGGCACAUCCAGACAAUGAAGGCAGAGCUAUAGAAAACAAGGAAACUCGUACUCAAUGCCAGCAGGACGCAAGGUGCGAAUACCUUGUUCCACCCGUGCAACGGUCUUUGUACUACACCAGCGCUACCUAUUGUGGGGAGCUGGUUACAGUUGAGCGACGCAGUGCUGUACCAGGGAAAUCUAGCUCCACCCGUCGCGGAAGCAGUGGCGGGCGGGUUGAUUCUAGUUCAUCCCACGAAUAUGCACAAGGCAGCGACAGCAUCUCAGUUGUGAGUGGUGAAUCCAAAGAAAAGCUCUGGCUAAGUAAUUUGGAGGAAGGAUCUGCUACGAGUCCCCGUGCAAGUGGUCAAUCGCAAGUCAUUUUGAUGGCCCUGGAAAAUAAUACUGCGAAUCCAUGGUUGCCUGGCAUUCUUGAAUUUGUAUACGGAAGCGAAGUACACGAAUCGGAGGCUGUCUCGGAAAUCCACGCAAGUGCCCCUAACUUUGAUCGCGUUUUUCUCAAAGAGGCUACUAUACCAAGGUGGAAUGACAAUGUGGGCUGGGGAACCGACAGAGAGGCUUACCGUCUGCCCUGUGUUACUCCAUGCAGCUCGAUGCAGCAAAAGAUCAAGCAGGAGAAUCCAGCUGUUGGGCUCACUGUGCCCCCAGAGAGUCCUUUAGUCGUGUCUCACGAAGGCCCAGUUUCCCCUCAAAAUUUUGAAGAUCGAGGCCUCCGUCCAGAAAAGUUUAUAUCUCGGCUCAGAUCGUACCCCAAAGCGGCUCUUCCCCUUGCUCGUCUUCACGCCAAAGCUAGUUGUAAAGCCUUCCAACUGCUCUUCACAGGUGCGCAUUCAGAACGGCGCUUGGCUUCGGCCGAAACGGUCGGAGACCAAAAGGGGCAUAUGCAGCGGAACCCGGAGGUUUUAUGCACCUUUCGAGACUUAAAGAAGCGCGGGCAGUGGCCACUCAAGCCUCAUACAAAUUAUGCAGAAUAUGAUGUGAUGGUUGCGCAAAGAGAACGCCAUAUUUUCAACUGGUUUGAGCGUGUCGUAGCCUCAAGGUAUGCUGCGGUUACUGUGGUGAGCAAAUCAGAACCAACAAAAGUAAAUGAGAUGACAUCUGAGACUGGUUCCUGUUCUUCGGAAUGUGGUCUAGGUGAUGAUUUGCCACGUGAAUCAAGGCAGUCACCCUCUGUGGACCAGAUGGGUGCUGGUAUAAAGUGGGCUACCUUUAGUACACUAUUUCCGCAGAGCGACAACACGGCGCAGGUGGACGGCUUGAAAGGCGCUUUGCCGACGCCCACAUUGGAAGGGGAAAAGAGGGUUCCAUGCCUGCGUACUGAGGAUUUGUUUGACUUUCCAGUUGAGGAACCAGUGACUUCGGAUGGCCGGCAAUAUCCUUGUUGUAAGGGACACUUCCUGAAGCGAGGUUUUGAGCCAUCUCGAAAUAAAAUGGGGAAAUUGUGUCUAGGUUUUUCCGGAUCCUUGCAUUCGAGCAAAGUUGGCGGGCCUGCCAUCCCUGGUGGCGGGAGAAGUAUUCGUGGAGAGAGUGGAUCGGACCAGAUUGACAGUCCUAUUCUUCACUACAGAUUCAAAGAUAUGGUUGAGUUGCCUCAUUUGCGAGAGGUAAGAAAGGUCUUUAGGAGGUAG